CCAAAAAUUUUACGCCAAGUUUGUAAACAUCCCAAUGUUGGGGAUCUCUAAACAUUUGUUAAACAACAUCCCAUAUUGCUAGUACAGCCACCAGAAACCAAUAAAAAUGCACAAUGGAUGAGGAAGAAGAAAUCGACAUCGUUGGGGGAAGCUACGAUAAUUUUAUGUCGAAAAAUGACCAGGACAUUUCAAAAAUUAGCUCGGGGCAGUUGCUAUCUUGCGACUAUACAGUACAUCCCAAUUGGCUGAACGAGAACGCCGAGGGAGGGAGUUAUUGGACAGAUAGCGUUCCCAAAAGUGAAAAUCUUGAAAACAACGUCCAAAUACUACACUCCGAAGAGGUAGUAAUAGAGGAGCCCGAACCAGUACCGAACAUAGCCGAGGUCGAAUGGACAGGCGAGAUCGGAUCCCACGAGGACCUUGUCUUCGAAGACGAUAUCCCAGCUUCUAUAGAAGAAGUGGUUACGAAUCAAGAAGAGGAAGAAAACACGAUCCUUGAAGCUAGUCCAACUACAUCAGAAACCGACAAUUUCGAUUUAGAAACCGCCGCUUACGAAACACAUCCUCCCCCGGAAAAUAUCAAGUUCAUAGGCCCAACUCAUUCCCGGAGUCUGUUAAAAGUUAAGAUGGAAUCACCUGUUGAAUCGAAAGCGUCUUCAUCCAGAAGUUUGCUCAAAACUAACGUGAAAGGGGACGGUGUUCGCCCACUCACAAAAUUCAGACAAACUUUGUCAGUAAAUUCUAAUUUAUUGAAAAUGGUGCAAAAAUCACAAGCCGCACGAAAAAUCACCUUCAGGGAACCGUCCCCGAUUGCGAAAAAAGUUAAACCUCCGAAAAAGGCCCCACCUAAAUUCAAAGAAACUGUGAAAAUGUCCUCGCGUGACAUGCAGAAUGGGAAGGUUGCACCAUUAUCUAAAAAAUACAAGCUAUUCGCAAUGGGAGCUGGAAAGAGUAAACACAAACCGAAGAAGCAAAAAAGGAACCGUUUGUCCGGUGAUGAAAACAUCACUAUCAGCCACGAAAUGGAAAGUCCAAAGCCAAUCGUUUCAAUGUCGCCUGGUGUAGUGGUCAAAUUGGAUAAAUGCGAGUCAGAUAGCGAUGUUGAAGUUGAUAUCGAGUCGGACACUCCAACGGAAACCAAAGAAACAGUCAGCAGCCCUGAAAACUCAAUAACAUCUCCCAAAAUUGAACCCCAAGUUGAAAUUCCGGUGGCCAAGUCUUUCGAACAUCAAACAAGCGAAGAUGAAGAACUUCCAAAGAUACCGUUGGCACAGCGUUUUCCUAGUUUGAGCGCAGCUCUGAUCGCUGAACUUCAAAGCCACGACAUUCCCACUGAAGAGCUCCGAAUAAAUCCAAACCAAGUCUCCGAACUGGAGAAAUUCAUUCAUUCUGACUUUUUCGAGAAUCGCACAACCAAAACCCCUGAGCAGUAUUUGCGAAUAAGAAAUCAUAUUCUAAGCAUGUGGCAAAUAUCGAAGCCCAACUACAUCAGCAAAACAGCAGUGCGAGUCGGGCUGAAGCAUGGGGGCGAUGUGAAUUGCAUAAGCCGCAUUCAUAGGUUACUCGAACAAAUCGGUGCUAUCAAUUUUGGACUCGAUGGGAAGUGUUUUGAUUAUGUUCGGCCGUUGGAGACGUUUAUUUCAAUGUUCAUACAAGUACCUAGGAACAGGACAAACUCGAAUAGUUUUCCAGCCAUUCAACAAUUUAAGGAGCGACGACAAAGAAUUCGGACCAAUACGUUUAGUACAGUGGCAGAAGGAGAUGGUGAUGAUGCUGAUGUGAACUACACAAUUGUUCACAUGGAUGGAAUAAUGCGACCCAAUCCACCUCCACAAAAAGAUAGUAAUACCACAAAGCAACGAACAAACACAAGACAUAUCAGAAGUGAAUUGGACCUCAUCAAGUGCCUUACUUUCUCCGAAGAUAAUUCUCCGCCCUUCACGAUUUCCAUCACACUCUCGACUCUGCUAUGCUUACGACUACACGCUCUGUCCUCACAGCACGAAGUAAUGGGUUUCUUAGGUGGAUAUCAAAGCCAUUCAGCGGGGAAAAAGCGAAUACAUUUAACAAGAUACAAACCCUGUCGGACCUCAGCUCAGAGUGGAACCACAUGUGAAAUGUGCCCAGUUUCUCAGGUAGAACAAUCGGCCAGCCUCAAUUCGGAAGGCUAUGAACUUCUCGGAUGGUUCCACUCACAUCCACUGUUCCCCGCGAAUCCUUCACGUACCGAUAUUCGAACGCAAAAAGAGAUGCAGCUGCAAUUUUCAUUUGAUAAUGAUCGACCGUUUGUAGGAUUAAUUCUAAGCUGUUUGAAUAUGACACUCAAAUGUAUCUAUAUGAUGCCCACAAAUUCAAUGGAAAACAAAUUCGAUGGAGACAACAAUCUGCCUUAUGAAAUAGAUGUAAACAUAAUAAAAGACUGUGCUAGCUUUAGAGUUGAUGUAAAUGAUGUAAUGUCUCUGCUGCGAAGUAACGAAAUGAAGGAGUAUGAAAUGGGCGAGUUAUGUGAUAAAUUUAAAAUGUCCAGUGAAUCAAUUCUUCAACAAUUAGGAUAUAAUAGUGAAUCAUUCUUUGAUGAUUUAUUUUAGCGUAUGCCACAUAUUGUAUGUGUAUUUUAUUAUUUAUUUAAUAAUAAAGUAAUUGAAACAUUUUUU